AAAGGAGCCGCCGCGGAGGAUCCGUGGUCCCCAGGGCUGGGGGUGAUUGAGAGUCGUGAGGCUGUGGCGGAGUUUGUCAUAUCCCUGCCCGGGGUGGGGAAUGGGGGUAGUGGGCCCCCGAGAACCUUGGAGCCUAGACCUCGCGCCCGCUCUUAGGGCCUCCAUUUAAGCGUGCCCCCCGUCUCCAGGCCGCGGCGCUAUGGCUCACUCCGGCUCUCGCAAGCGCUCGAGGAGCCGCAGCCGAUCCCGGGGGCGAGGGUCGGAAAAGAGAAGGAAGAAGAGCAGUAAGGACGCUCGGAGGAGCUGUUCGGCUUCUAGAUCCCAUGGCCGCAAGGCCAGCACCACCUCCUCCGGGGCAGAGGCCUCACCUUCUCCCUGCAUCACAGAGAGAAGCAGACACAAGUCGCGGAGGAGACCACGGUCCAGCUCCUCCUCCUCUUCUUCCAGUUCUUCUAGCUCCUCUUCCUCCUCGUCCUCCUCCUCUUCCUCCAGCGAUGGGCGGAAGAAGCGGGGGAAGCACAAGGACAAGAAGAAGAAGAAGAAAAGGAAGAAGAAGCUGAAGAAGAAGGGCAAGGAGAAGACGAAGGUGCUGCAGCCGGAGGCUCCGCCAGGCCCCUCGCUGGACCAGUGGCACAGAUCCGCCGGGGAGGACGAGGACGGCCCAGUCCUGACAGACGAGCAGAAGUCGCGCAUCCAGGCCAUGAAGCCCAUGACUAAGGAGGAGUGGGACGCUCGGCAGAGUGUCAUCCGCAAGGUGGUGGACCCGGAGACUGGACGCACCAGGCUCAUUAAGGGAGAUGGCGAGGUCUUAGAGGAAAUUGUAACCAAGGAGCGACACAGGGAGAUCAACAAGCAAGCCACCCGAGGGGACGGCCUGGCCUUCCAGGUGCGGGCGGGGCUGCUGCCCUGAGGGCCCCCGUCAGGCCUGUGCACAUUGCUGGUGGCGCUGUCGGGCGGGCAGCAGGCGGCCAGACAGGUGCGGUUCGUCUCGUCGGCAGUGGACCCGCCUCGGGCCUGCCUCCUCCCGGACGCUGGGGGUGGAGGGGACCAGGGCGACCGUCCUCAUCGGUCCCCUUCUCCUGAAAGCGCGCAGCCUCCCAGACAUUAAACGUUCCCU